GAAAAUUACAUCAGUGUGUGCAGAUCAAGGUAUGCUAUGGCUAAGUAAGAGGCAACAUCUUCACUAUCCGAUUGUGGAUAUCAAAAAAGAACCGAAGUUCUAGUAGUCACAGCGAUUACAGCACUGUCUAGCGGAGACACACGCUCUUCGCUAACAAUAGAUAGUUGUGCUCCCCUCGUCGACGCUUCGAGAUUGAGUCGCAGUCGCAUAAGCAAAUAGAAGAUGCUUGUGGCUCCUUCUUUCCCAGCUCCUUCUGCUUUUUCCCGAAGUCCUGCUUGCGUUUUCACGAGCGGCCUACGUUGUGGAGUCUUGCUACGACUUCUUUUUUCGCUGUUCGACUUCGACUCUGGAGCUUGGUCGCUCUGCCACCAUGUCACGGCUGCCAGUGUCGGAGGGCCGCGACGGCGGCGCGUGGUCAAUGUCGGAGCCCUCAGCGCGCUGCCGCUCGGUCAUGGGGACGGUGACACUUUGUCGGACGACGACAGCAUCGACGUAGAUGAGCGGACUGUGGUGAUAGCUCCGACUACAUAUGCUCAAGUCGGCCCGACGAUCAACGCGACAAGAGCUGCUACGCCAGUAAACGGAGACGGACACGAAAACGAUGAAGCAGCAGAUCGAGAUGAUGAGGUAAGCGACAAAUAUCAACAACAACCGUCCCCGGGAGCAGGAGCUGGUGGCUCCACCGGCGCAGAAGCGCUCCUCCAGCUUGCGGGUGAUCGCUCCUCGCUUGCCACGCUGCAAAAGUUGGAUGCUUUGAUCGAACAACGCAGACACCGCUAUACAAGCCGGAUCAAUCCGUUGACCGACGAGAUGAUAUCGAGUACGAAAAUCGGGGGCGUGCUGGCGCGCGUGGCGGCCUUACACGACGGCGAUCCGUGGAAAAAUCGCAAAACCUGGGAGGAUGUGGUGCCGCUCUUUUCGGAGUUGCGCAAGGCCCUCACCGACGAUGGCUGGCGGGAUGUGGUUCCGGAGUACAGCAUUUUUUUGUCGCGUGAUCAAGUGGUCACCCUGUUGGAGUACUUCCUCUUUAUCUCCGCCCUGCACCCAACGCAGUUGCGCCGCGUCCAGGAGGUCUUGCGGUGGAUGUUCGCAGAACGAAGUAUGACGAGGAGCAAAAGGUCGUGCGUCGCCGAGGAAAAAAACUUCUCUAGCAAAUCCGCUCGGGGCGUCGGGGUCCAUGGAAAAGUUCUUGCAGCAGGAGUGCCCUGCACCGCAUCUUGUGACUGCGGAAGGAGCAACAACAUCGCAACGAACAGCACUGAGGAAAUAAACGCUGCGACUGCUACUUCGGAAAACAUGAACGCAAAGAAGAGGAGCCCUGGAAGUGCAGGGAGGAUGUCCCAGACAGGAGCUACCUCGUCUGCUUCCGCAGCAGUUUCUGCACUGGCAACCCCGACUGCUACGAAUGGAGGAAAUAACUCAGCAGGUGGAGCUGGGGCAAACAUUAUUUCGACACCGACCGCCUCUGCGGCUACUGCCUCAACAUCCCAUGGUCUCCAUGCACAGGGAGCCGGCGUCAAUAGCAGCGCAGGCGCAGGAGCGACGAAGCAGCACGUCUGCCGCUGUGGAACUACACACGCAACUACAGGAACAAAGCCGCUUUCAUCCUCGGGUGGUGCAGAGGACGAUGGAGACGACCCUUUCGAAAGCUUUGUCCAAGACUACGCGCGUCAACGGCGGGGGGAGGUGUGGCGCGAAUUGAGCAGCUCCUGGGCAGACUUGGACACGAGGAAAAAUAAGUGCAGCGUUUCCGGCUACACGCGUGACGGUAAGACGGCACUGCAGCGCGUCGAUCUGAUUUUGGGAGACAUUGCCAGCUCCUUCGCUUCUGUGGAAGACCAGAAAAAGUGGCAGCAGCUGUUGAAUCAGGAUAGGGAGGCCGCCCUGGCUGGUGGACAGGAUUUGCUCCACCGUGCGACAAAUGGAACCACGCACCAUCUCCAGGAGGGCACGACUAUCGAUGCCGCGCACCAUCGCUCACAAGUACAGCCAAGUGCGCUACUUGCUCCAAGUCAACACCAGCUGCCCGGCUCGGCAAGACCACCCCAACCUGGCACAAUUUCCACGCCGUCUCCUGCUAUUCCAGGUGCUGCGCCGGUCUAUGCGGCCACGAACGGAACUGCAACUGCACGGGCGACGGCCACAAGCAGUCCCGUAAUCAAUGAACUUCCGCCAGCGGCGCCGCAGCGAAGUCAGCCCAAAACCAUUGGAAAACCACUGCAAAACCGUACAGCUGCUGCUCACGCAGAUCUGUCGAGUACUACUCGUGGAGCUGGCACUUCUAACGCCGGGUUCCACUGGACUUUCGGCUGGCCUUUCAACCAUCACACACAAACUUCGCUCCGAAGCUUGCCUCCACCCAGCCACCCGGAUGACGUGCCGCCGACGGGCGACUUCUCGACGAGCUUUUUCCAGUACUGAUUUUCUUGAACAAGAAUGAAAGCUACACCCCCAGCACCAGCACUCCGACCACAAAAAAACGACCUGCUUCCAUAACGUACAGCUCCUCUGGACCAGACUUUUACGUACUUGUCGACGUUCCAAAUCCAAAUUUUGAACUCCGUCUCAACUUUUUGCUCCACUGUAUUUUGCAAUGAUACCAUUUCUACUCCUGUUCUUCAAUAUAAAUAUAGUUACCCUGCUCUUUCUGACUUCGCGAAACGCAUCUGCUUUCGUUUUUAGACGCCUUUCUGCUUUGAAAUUGAUCGCAGCAGAUAACCACGCCGCUUCAUUGUUAUGAUCUCAGCUGAUGCUUUAACUACUCUUAAUUUGCAUGAUAAAGAUAAUGUCUACCACCUAAGCCUAACCACUUCCAGGGAUUGUACACGUUCCAAAGCCCCGCCCAAGAAACAUGACGCCCUUCCUUUGAUCUACAUGUGCCAUCCUCCUCUUCUAGGGACAUUCAAUAUGCGGCGUUCGGGGGCCCGAACGCACAGAUAUUGGGAGCGCGCAUCGAAUUUUUGUUGUCUGCCAAACUCAAAGCCACUUUCUUUUGUUUGCAAAAUGUAAAGACUAUUGUAUAGAGGUGGAAGUUGCAGAGUAAAAAAGCCCCCGCAAGAACUACGAGAGCAUGAAUAUGGCUGCUUUGCGUGGUACAUACUUAUACUUUCGAGCACCUUGUUGUAGGCAUAGUUUCAAGGACGCGGGCGGAAAAUUGUAUGAUGCUUUUUUCUGCUUAAUUUGAUCCACCGGUCGAGAUCGUACAAUUUCAUCACCAACACACUCGCACUUACGCCUCUUUUGUCGAACCAUGGGACCGAGGACUUUAUGGCCAGUUCGAUGUAAAAUGAAAUCGAGUUGUGCCGUCACUUAGUACGUGAAG